CGAUUUUGGUCCUCCGAUCGGUGUUGCUUGGUGCUUGCAGGCUGCGGCAGUGCAAUAAAUAUUGCCUCGAGACUUACUCGAGGCAUGUACCAAUGAUGGCCUAUUAUUCUAUAUAUAAAUGCUGUCGGACCCUUCCUUACUUUGCCUCCCUCCACGAUGGACCAACGCAAACGCAAACGCAAUUCAUCGACGAAUUCGACUCAAGACACCAGAACAACAGCUCCUGAAAGCUCGCAUCACAGACUUGUGGAGAACACACGUGAAUUGGUGCAUCAUGAUGAAACCAACUAUGCCUUGGUCAAGGGCGGUGUUAAGAAGUUAAGGAUCUCGCGCUCGAAGGAUUCCCCCAGCCGUAGUUCUGUUCCCCCGAAUGAACGUGCAUCAUCGAUAUCGGUUCAUGUGGCUCCAUCUGGUUUGGAAAUGGAGGUUGAUACCCAAUCAGCACUUCAGGAUACUCAAGAGGCUGUACAGCACAUGCAUUCACUUCCAAGACCUGCGAAAACCGUGGUUUCGCACCUUCAAGAGGCACAAGAGGAUCUCGAUGCUGCUGACAUCUGCCAGGACAUAUAUCUCGAACUCCUCAGGGUAUUCGACGCUGUUAUCGGAGAGAUCGCGGAUGUACAUCCCCAUGCAAAGAUAGCACUGGGCAUGUUGUCUUGUGCAGCCAAAGUCAUUCUAGCUCAAGCCGAUCGCGACACUGCGGUGCUCAAACUUCUCGAUAAGUUAUGUGAAGUUUAUAACUUCAUACUACAAGACGAGCUGCGUAGCAAAAUAUCGUCGAUGUGUACGAUCCUUGGAAAGAUUUCUCAGCAGACCCGUGAAUGUGCCCGUUUUAUCCAAAAUUAUUCGGAGACUAAGGAAUUCUGGGGUAGACUUGGAAAGAACGUCGUCUCGGAAACGGAAGAUACGAUCCAAAAGUACAAUGACGUGUUCGAUAGGCUCAUGCAAAACUUCCGGGACCAGGUCGCUCACGAUGUAGCCAUACAUGUUCAUCGUACGAGAGAGAUAUUGGACCUCAGCGGUAUGAUUUACGCAGAGGGCGCGGGACUAGACACCAGAAAACAAUGCCUUGAAGGGACCCGCACGGAAAUCCUUUCCCAGAUCACAGAAUGGGUAAACAGCACUGAGGACAAUGUUCCACGCGUGCUGUGGCUAUCUGGCCCUGCAGGCAAGGGCAAAUCGGCGAUCGCCCACACAAUUGCUAAGUGGUUCGAAGACGUGGGAGGACUUGGUUCAUGUUACACUUUUGACCGCCAGCGAGAAGCAGAUCGUCGCCAUGAAAAGAUCUCUUCCACGAUCGCGUGCGACAUUGGCUGACCGUAAUCCGGAGAUGAGAAGGGCAUUGGCAGAUGCAGUUCAAGCCGCGAGUUCGCUCAAGAAGACGGCAGAUAUAAUCCAACAGUGGCAGAAGCUUCUUAUUGAACCACUGGAAAAGUCAUCUGGGUCGGCUGGGGAACCCAUCGUGGU